UCACACGCAGACUCAGCACGCCACGAGACCGUCGUCUGCUCGACCAAACAUUCAAAUUUUCCAUUCACUCCAGAUCCGCCAAGCGUCGUCUGCGUUCUCCUCUCUUCUCUCCCUAGCUCUCCUCUCGCCAAUCGGAAGCGCAGCCUGCCAGCAUGUCGGACUCAGCGGCAUCGCCCACCAAGGCCAAGAAGGCGAGGAAGCCCAAGGCACCCGCCAGUCAUCCAAAGUACAACGAGAUGAUCAAGGCUGCCAUCUCCAACCUGAAGGAGCGAGGCGGCUCCUCUCGACAGGCCAUACUCAAGUACAUCCUGGCCAACUACAAGAUCGACAACGCCAAGCAGGCCAACGUGCACCUCAAACUGGCGCUCAAGCGCAUGGAGAAGUCCGGUGACCUGAAGCAUGUCAGGGGAAAGGGUGCUUCCGGCUCCUUCAAGGUCGGAAAGGAGGAGAAGCCCAAGGUCAAGAAGGUGAAGAAGCCCAAGCCAGCCAAGAAGCCAGCGGCCAAGAAACCGAAAGCCAAGAAGGCCAAACCAGCCAAGAAGCCAGCCAAGAAGGCAGCCAAACCCAAGGCAAAGGCAGCCAAGAAGAGUCCGAAGAAGAAGCCCGCAGCCAAGAAGGCAGCAAAGAAGACGCCAACAAAGAAGCCCAAGGCAGCGAAAAAGCCAGCAAAGAAGGCAGCGAAGACCAAGGCGAAGAAAACAACAAAGAAGGCGGGAAAGAAGUGAUUGUAUUUUCCCUGGACAUUUGUGACACGUCAUCACUUCGUUGUAUGAAGUGGUCGCUGUAGACAUUCAAGUGUAUAUAUAUAUUUGCAUACGCGAUGUGGACCGACCAACGAUAGAUGGCCGAUUAUUUUUAUCUCGUAGAGUCGUCAACAGAUGUUUUAUUUUAAAGACAGAAACCGCAGAAGGUUGUUAUUUACAAAUUUGACUGUAUUGUUGAUUAUGAGCACAGAUGUAUGUGGUGAGACCAGUGUCGAGAGAAAGUACACAAAUGUUAUUUUCUAACGUUGUGGGAAAUGCAAAAAUGAUGCACCCCAAAAUGCCAUGAAUCUUAUUACAAUCACUGUGUAAAAGUAGGAACACGUUUCCUAUGAUGGUCGUCUUAUUUGUGAUGUUGCGAGCGUAUUUAUGAUAGUCCGUCAGUACAGAAAGUUGGACCAAUAGAGUUACGUGAGUGCAAAAUGAAAUAAAAUUUUCAUGGACAUCUUAA